AUUUGCUUUAAUUAAUGAGUGUAAUAAAUAUUAUCCACAUCAGAUAAUAUCAAUUUCUAUCUUCACUAGUUCAAUAAAAUUGUAGAUAAUAUUAUAGUUAAAUAAUAUUAUCCUGACUUCAAGAUGUUUCUGUGUUAUCCAGUGGUAAUGUUAUGUUUUAAUCAAUUUAGACUAUUCAAGAUUAUUAAGGCUUAACUUCUAGUUCCCGACAAAUAUGAAAUUGGAAUUGAAACCAAUGAUAAAGUUGCAAAAGCUUGCUAUUCACAUAUGUGACAAGUGUAAGGAAGUAUUCAGGAACCCUAGUGAUCUUGAGGAACAUGCCUGUCAUUAUGAUAAACGGUUUUAUGAACAUGUUGCUAGUGCCUAUGUUUCCGUGGAGAGGAUGCCAAUACAUAGAUGUGACAGAUGUGAUCAAAAUUUCAAGACAAAUACAGAAUAUUUGCUUCACAAAUUCAAACAUGUACAGGCAAAUGUAAGAAAAAGUAGUCCUCUAGAAAGAAAACCAAAUCGUCAUAUCUUCAAGCCCUAUAAAUGUCCAGACUGUGAUAUAAGAUUUGCUGCUCAAAGCACCCUUGAUCUGCAUUCCAUUGUUCAUAGGCCAUACCAACAUGUAUGCUAUUGCGGCGUCGGGUACUACAAACAAAUAGACUUGAAAGCUCAUAUAAAACUAGUCCAUAGAAAUAAUAAAGCAAUUGAGGAAAUAAAAUCUGGAAAUAAUUCCAUACCAAUGAUGGCACAAACCGUAACAGAAACUCCUAAGGCAAAGAAACCAUUAAAAUCAGUUUUAGUAAAAAAGAAAAAGAACUUCAAAAACAAUGUUGAAAUAAAGUCUCCGAAAAAUGGCAGGAUGCCAAAAAAAAUUAAAUUCAUAAAGACAGAUGAUAAUAAAUAUUAUAAAUGCCCUAUAUGCAGUGAUUUGUUCAAGUCCAACUUUAGUGUGUCGGUACAUUACCGCGUACAUUUCAAUAACCGCGUACACGCUUGCUUUAUGUGCUCAAAGGUAAUGAGCACCACGGGCACCCUGAGACUCCACAUGAAGGAACACCACAACACACUUAAAAUCUGCGUAUGUAAGUAUUGUUCUAAAACUUACGUCGCUUACGCAAACUUGACGCGGCACGAACGGAUACAUCUAAAGGACAAGUCUCUCUCUAAAUAUUACCGGCACAAAUGCUCUUACUGCAAUAAGCCAUUCUCUGAUGCAACCACCCUCAGAGCCCAUAUGAUGAUACAUGGGAACGACCUAAAGAAAAAAGCCUAUAUCUGUAAUAAUUGUAAACUUGGUUUUAAAUUUAAAUGCAAUUUGGUAACACACAUUGUAAGUGGAGUUUGCGAAAAACCUUACGAAUGUGACUAUUGUCAUAUGAAGUUUGUACGUAAGAAGAAUGUGAGAAAACACAUUUUGAAUGUCCACAUGAAGACUAAGAAUUGGUCAAGAAUUAAAGUAAAAUGAAUACUUGAAAAUGUUGUGAUAAAUGAUGAUGAAAAGAUGUGGGGAAUAUUUUGCUAGUCACUCAGACAUAGUACGGCACAAACAUACGUACGGUAUAAAUAAUGUGAUGAAGGUACAAAGGUAAUUAACUAUUCUAGAGGUGGUUCUACCUAUAUCUACACAAACCUACUUAUAUCUAAAGAAAAACCAUGCCUAUAUGAAAUGCUGCUCAUGAAUAUGAGCCCCUAUCGCAGCUUUAAUAAUUGAAAGCAGCUCAAAUAAACCCAAUGGCAAUAGAUCUCAGUUCUCUCAGCGAGCGCCCUCUGUGCCAAGAAAAACUAACGGAAUUGCUUAUCUGAUUAAUUGCAAUUUAUAUCACCUCUAUUAAUUUAUAUUUAUUUAUUUGACUGAAAUUCAAUGUUAUAUUUUAAAAAAUGCAUAGAAUACUUAGCACCUAAGACAUUUUACAGGUAUUUAUAGUUUUAAGGAGAUAGUAUAGUAAUGUGCUGACCUAAAAUUAUUUGGAUGCACGGUUGAUGUGGUGGCUUGGCAACAACGGGUAGUGAGUGGGAUUCCCUCACGGAGCAACUCUUUGUGUG